AUGAGCCUGUGCCUGGAUGCCGGGGACCGGAUCUGCAUCGCCGCCGGGCCCUUAGAGUGCAAACAUCAACAGGUCAACCAGGAGGUGGGACGGCAGAGGUCAAAUGGUCGCAAACAAAGUCACAGAGCCGCACGGAAGCAUCGACUACAGAGCCACUCGUACGGCCGCGACUGUGAAUCAGCCCUGUAUCCGUCUGCGCACUGGAUAAAGCGCGGGGCGUAUUCCUUGAUCAACCCCACGUUCCUGCACUCGGAGGAGGACACUAAGCUGCUUUUUGAGAUUCUUCUUGCCGGAAUGCAGAUCCGAGGCGAGGAGCGCCCCCUGCUGAUCCCGGACGAGGAGCUGGCCUCUCUGAGCAGCGUGAAAAAGCUGGCGGUGAUCUGUGAGGACGUGCUGCCGAAGAAGCUUUCGGAUAUCCGGCGCCUGAUGGCAGACCUGGCCGAGCGGCGGCAGCCUCUCAGCCGGCAGGACUUUGAGAGAACAGUGCUGACUUUGGUGUACGCCUCGCAGACGCUCGCUCAGAUCAGCGACCCGCACCAGAAAGAGAUGUGGAUGGAGACGCUGGUGCACCUGGCCCGAGCUCUUCAACGAGACCUCGGACCCUCCUGAGCAAAACUCAAAGCUUCACUUUCUACACAUCUAGAUCAAUAUAAGUUUAUGGCAUAUCAACUCUGUAUAUAUUGUUUUCACAGUUGCUUUGUUACAAAGCUGGCAGUGGUAAGGAUGUUUCUGUGCAAGCUGAUAACCGUGAAGACACGGCCUCCAGGAAGUGAUAUUCUUAUCUAGUCUUUGUUUUGGAGCAAACUCUAACUCUCUAAAAAACAGCAGGGUUUAAAGGGAGAGUAGAAUCUACUUAGUGGCUAAUGUCUCAUGGCAAGUUUUCCUGGUGCAACCUUCUGUGAGACAUAGAAACAAGACCAAGAAGAGAGCCAAUCAGA